AUGCCUAAGUCCCCCAGCAUUGUCCAAUCCACUUACACAGGCUCCAGCUGUAUUGUAUUUCAUCAGGUGUUCCUUCCACAAUAUGUGGUCGCCCUGGCUGAUUGGAGGGCGGGAUAUCUACUGGAGGGUGGUAUAGUGCCCACAACGGUGUGCCUAACCACCCUCUUGGAUAAUGGAGGCUUGGAGGGUGGUAUUGUGCCCACGCCGGUGUGCCUAACCACUCUCCUCCAACCCUUGGGACAAUGGGGGCUUGGAGGACGGUACAGUGCCUACGCUGGUGCACCUAACCACCCUCCUUCAACAAUUUGGGUCAGGGAGAUCUAUUUGCCAGUACCAGACCGGGGCAAAGAGGGCUCCUCCGCCACGGCCUUUACCCCUAACUUAAUAAAUGCUUCCAAAAAAGAAAGUGUGCCCCUUCUGGGCCCUACAACUAAGUCACGUGACUGGCUGCUGCUUCUCGCCCAAUGGGGCUUGACAGCCCAUCCUGGAAUCCAUCUAAGCUUGGCAAAACAACUGCUCAUGGAUACCAACAUCAUCCUACCUUCCUUACAGUUCCUCUAUUUUUGUACUGGGCAGCGGACAAGUGAGUGCGUGUUGGUGCGCAGUACAGGAAAUAGUCAGACUAUUCUGACUACCCUUGUACUGGAUAUGAACAUCAUCCUAUCUUCCUCACAGUGCACAUUGGCAUGUGGGGUGGUGAAGGCAAUGGCUUCUUCAGUAGCUGCGCCAAGCUUAGAUGGAUUUGAGGAUAUCCCCAAACUUUGGCUGUCUAAACUUGGCAAAGCUGCUCAAGAAGUUGCCGCCUAUGCCAACUCAUCAAUGGCCUACCCUCAAAUCUGUCUACAAAUCCGCCGAAGCUGGUGA